GUAAAAACGGUCUGUUGCGCUCCUAGUUUUCCGUUUCCACCCCGUCGGCGACGGACGUACCCCGCGCGUUGUUGUUGGUACGUCAUUGUUACAUCGCCCGUGCGCAAUACAUACGUCGCACGAUCAUCAGCUCUCGUUAUUGAUGACGAGUCCAUCAUAAUACCGAUACCUAUGCAUUGACAGUCGGCCACAAAACGUGCCGUCAUCACUGUUUGAUCACAACAGUACAAUAUUGUUUUGUCAUUACUAUUGAUCAGCGGACGCGAUCGGCUCACGUCUUAAAUUGCGCGCUGCAAACGCUCGCCAAACCGCUGGCGGGACCGAAGAUUUUCCGCGCGCGCGUCGUGUCAACGCGAAUUAAAUAAUAUAGUAAACAUCAUCGACACGGCCACUUCGGCGGGGGCCGACGAGUCGAUAACCGCGAUAUUAUUAACAUAAUUAUUAUAUAUUAUACCGCGGUCACUGCGAUCAUCAUGCCAGCCAUCGUAGCCAACGAGUUGCAGGACAUGCAAUUGCGGUCGGCCCAUGUGACGGACGAGUCUCUGGAGAGCACGCGACGGAUGAUCGAACUCUGCGAAGGGAAAAUGGACAGGAUCGAAGAGGGGAUGGAUCAAAUAAACGCGGACAUGAAGGAAGCGGAGAAGAACCUUACCGGCAUGGAGAAAUGUUGUGGUAUUUGCGUGGUGCCUUGCAACAAGGGAAAAUAUCAUAAAUCGAACGGUUUGGCACUUCGACCUACAAGACGAAAUCCUAUUUCGAAUCCGAUCCAAAAAAAAAAAAUACACUCGAGUGAAUUUUAUCAAUAAUUUA